AUGGCCACUAGUAAUUCAGUGGAAAGUUCGAACUCCAGUGAAAGUGUUAUCCCCGGCUCACCACUGGUCGUAACAGGGUUCCUGGGUAUGAUACCCAUGUUCUCAGGAUUACAAAGCGAUGUAGUGAACGUGAAACAAUUUUUCUGUACGGUUGAUAAGAUUGCGCGACUAGCAGGUUGGAACGAUGAGGUUAAGGUGGCCAUGCUACAAUCGAGACUAAAGGGUGAACCAUUAAAAACAUUUAUGUGCUUACUUGAACAAUACCCUGAGUCAUAUAUGGAUAUUAAGUGGGACCUGAUAAAAUGCUUUAGUAAGAAGGAGGUGGGUGACAGAGAUAUAAUAGAUCAAUUAAUGUCCAUAAAACAAGGGAAUAAUGAAUCGGUGACAGAUUAUUCAGUUCGUACACGGACCUUACUUGCCAGGGCGGCGAUAAGUCACCAAAAUAUAAGUUUAUUACAAGACGAUAUAAUCUUGAAACGUUUCAUAAGGGGUUUGAGAGGGGUCAUAAGGAGUAAUGUAAUGAGAAAAACCCCAAAAACUUUGGACGAGGCAUUCGAGAUUGCUUCAGCAGAGAAAUCGAUUGAGGCCGAGGGCAGUGGCCGUUAUGAAGGGAGGGCUGUUAGUUCAGCAAUUGAAGGGACAACUAAUACAGCAGUAAAAGAAUGUGAGAAAGUAGAAAUAAGUAGGGGUCAGUGCGACGAUAAGAUAGAAAAGUUAGGAAGAAAAAUUGACGCGUUAACCGAAGCUAUAAGUAAGCUGUUAAAUAGUAAGGACCAAGGGCCAAGAAGGGCCAACAAAGGAUGUUACACGUGUGGGAAAAUAGGGCACUUCUCCUGUAGGUGCCCAAAGGGAGCGAACGAUAAUUUAAAACUAAGUCAGGAAAAUCAUAGAGGUCAGCCCAACGCUUCCUACAUUAAGAUCAGUCUGGCUAAUAAGAUUCUACUGUCGCGAAAGUGCCUCCCCUUUGUUGAAGGUGAGGUGGAAGGUAUAAAAUUCUCUUUUUUGAUCGACACGGGGGCAGAGAAAUCCAUAUUAGACCUAAGGUCGAUGAAGAGUAUCUCUGAAGGUAAGGUAGUUAGAGCCACCCCAGAAAACGAGAAUGUAAGGAUAAGAGGCAUAAAUGGUAGCACCACCAAGUGUGAAAGGACCAUAAGAACUGAGGUGAGAUACAAAGACCAGACGUGCAGCGUGACAAUUGCCUGCAUGCGUUUACCGGGACACAUUGAUUUCAAUGGCAUAUUAGGCAUGGACGUGAUAAAUAAUCUUUAUGAAAUCAUCGAUGGGGUGAGGAAGUUGACAGAACAUACCGCGGCUAAAAUUAUCCAAAAGGGGGGCAGCACAGUAUGUAGUAGUGUGGUUGAUAACUAUGAGAUUUGGAAAAAGGUAGUUGCAUCCCAAUGGGGAGACGAGUUUCUUAAACAGAUGCGGAAUAACCGCAAGUUACAAAGACGCAAGCAUAACGAGUUAGUCGGGGGGAUUCACCCUGAGUUCAUGAUGGAAAAUGAUAUGAUUGUGCACGUAAAGCCAGGAAGAAUGGGGCUCAAGAACAAGGUACGUGUUUGCGUAGGUGAGGAAAUAAUGGAUCAAGUAAUCUGGUCAUUCCACAGCUCUCCUCUCUCUGGGCACCUGGGUGCGGAGAAGACUUGUAAUCUUAUUGAUAGGUACUAUUACAUAAGAGAUCUGAAAAAUCGAGUUAAACAGGUCAUAAGAAGGUGUAAGAUAUAUCAAAAACAUAACCUGCAUAGGGGACGUGCCCCUUUUCAAGAAACAGAAACUUCUAACUUUCCCUUUCAGAAGGUUGCGACUGAUAUAGUAGGUCCUCUCCCUGUGUCCCAAGAUGGUAAUAGAUAUAUACUUACUAUUAUUGAUAUAUUCACGCGGUAUGCAGAGGCCAUUCCCAUACCCGAUCAAUCUGCCUGCACGAUAGCUAAAGGAAUCUUUGAUUACCUCAUAUGCAGAUAUGAGUGUCCUGACUUAAUCAUAUCUGACUGA